UUGAAAAAUCAUUAAUGAUUAUUAAUGGAAAAAUGGCAUUUCUAUCUGUUUACCAUGUUUAUUAAAAUAGCAUGUCCUAUUUACCUUUUUGUUAAUGUCUGAAUUUUUCUUAAGUUGACAUUUCUUCUAGGCAUUGUAGUAUUCCAAAUACUCAUCAAAUUCAUAUUGGAUCUUGAUUUAUAAAUGAUGGGAUUCAGAAAUUAAUGGUGUUAGCAUCAUGAAUCUUAUUAAUUGUACAAAGUUAUUAGUAUAUCUUCAAUAUUGAAAAAUAUUGUUUUUAUAGAAUGCAUUUUUGCACAAUAUUCUGUUAUAGUCUUUUUUUUAAAGGUUGGUUAGGACAGAGCAAAACUGGCUAUCAUGAGUUUCCCUUGCAAGACAACUUCUGAUAAAUUUACUAAGGAGUUCAUUCUGGAAAACACAAUGCAUACUCCCUUGAGUUUCAACAGCCCAGAAUUCUGUAAUAGCAUAAAAAAAUUGAUUAAUUCUAAUUUUGGAGAGUGAUAUUUGAAAUGGUUGGACCUUGAUACUUUAGGAGGAAGAGGUGUCUGAGUUGGAAGAGAAUUUAAAGACUAAUAAGUUAAAAUGGCAAUGCUAGAGACAGUGUCACGUGCUAGAUUGAUAUCCCUUGUUAUCAUGAAAUUUUGGGAGGUAAUUGUGGAGAUACUUAGGUUGCAUGAAAGCUUCCUAUCCCUACAUUUUAUUUGUUAAGUAAUCGAAUCCAACAAAUUUCCAGAUUUCAUCCAUAGCAAGGAACUGGAGUGCAUUUCGAUUUUAAGUCAAUAAGUGUACCAAAUAGGGUGUACAAUAUUUUCUUGAUAAUCUUUGUAACCCGAUUAAGAAAGGUGCUUAGGAAGUUGAUCUUUUACAGCCAAAAUUGCUCUUAAAUGGCAGGCAGUGUUGAAUCAUUUUUAUUCUGGACUGUUAGUGUAUCCGAAUUGGAAAUAGAAGUAGCUUUUAGGGUUUUAUUUGCAAAAUGGACUAGGCAAAGGCUAGUGUGAUGUUCAACAAGGAGAUGCCGCCCAUAUAUCUUCUGACAAUGUUUCUGCCCAAAAUUGGGAUAUGUGAACUUAAAAGUUAAAACUACAUCAGGAUAACCUUCUUCUUAAUCUUUAUUGAAGAGACUUGCAUAGAUGUUCUGAUUUUAGUAUGGUUUAAGGAGAUAUUCUCUCUCCCAUCUUUUUAUGCUGGUGGCUAGAAGUUUAAUUAGAUAUGUGAUGAAGCACAAAUGGUAGUUGUGUUAUGUUUAACUUUUCAUUCAGACAUGGUUAGAGGUACAGAUGGUCUGGAAAGACCCAAAUCUGGUUCAUACUUGAAUUGGACAUGGCCCAUACUGAAGUUCAGACUCAUGGGUUUUAAACCAAUCUAAGACUUACACUCCAUUUAAUUUAGGAUAUAGAUCAUGCCAAUGGACAAGGAUAUGGUAGAUCUGAAUGGACCAACUAGACUCAAUAAACAGAGACGCGGCCCAGAUCUCUUAACUGAGAAUGACCCGGACCUGACACAAACAGAGAUGCAACACUAAACCAACCUGAAACUCCAACUGGAUGGGUGAUAUGGGGAUUUGGAUCUUAGAUGUGAAGCUAACUCAUGUUAGAUCUGACUUAAGCUAGAGCUAGACCCACUUGACCCAAUUGCAACCCUAAGUAGGGGUCUCAAAUUAGCAACUUAUAUGUGGAUGGUAGCAAUAAUUUUGUCUUUGUAUGUUGUAGAGUUGGGCAAUUGCAAACCAGCAUUAAGUUCUACAAUAAAAUUGGAGAAUUUCCUUUGCUCCGCCCUCAAUCAUCUCUUAUAAUUAAGCUCUUAGAGAAGAGGACGAUGUUGUAGAAGAUUUAUGACAAACAUUGUUGUACAUCAUGAGGAACUCAGGAUGUUGACAAACAAAAGACACCAGAUUACCUUUUGCAUUAUGAAGUGCUUUACUUACUAUAACUAGGGGUGCAAGAUCUGAGCCAAGUGAAGUACUAAUUUGCUCAUCUUGGCUCAUUACAUGAAAGGCGUAGUUGAGCUCAAGUAGAGUUUGACAAUAUAUUUUCAAGCAAGGACUCAUUUGUAAAUUGAACUGGGUUUGAAAGAGAUUGUUAUCCAGCUGAUCCAAGCCAAAGUGAGCUUCUGUUUAUUUUUGUAAGGCUGAAGUGUUCAAGAUCAGCUUUUUUCUGAGGUUAGCUUCAAAAGUUGAUGGAACUUGGCUCAUUUCCUAGACGAAUGAGAUGAACCUAUUUGCAAGCUGAGCCCGAAUUGUUCACGAAUAGCUAUUGUUUGCAGCCCUAUUUUUAACAAAGUCCAGAAACAAUCUCUUGCAUUAAGGGAUCUGGAUUAAUUUAUGAAAAUCAUUCAAGGGAACGUGUAUUAAUAGAGGGCACAUUAUUGGAUAAUAAAUGCGGAAAUAGUAUUACUGUAGCAAUGCUUUAUAGGCAUCCUUUUGAAACAGAGGCUAACUCAUUUUGAAGUUGAUUUUACCUCCUGGUUUAACUGGAAAAAUGGAUGAAAUGAGGGGGAAGGAAAGGAGGGGGGAGAGCGAACCCUAAUAGAUGGUGGUGUUUCCUGCUGCAUGUUUGAUUUUUUUUUUUUUUUAAAUAAAAUCGCUGCCUUCACAACCAUCAAAAUGCAAUACAAGGGUGAGCGCUGAUAUUAGGAAAUUCUCUUUGCUGCGUUAUAUAGACUUAAAUAAGUUAUACAAAAGAAAAACUUGUCAUGUAUUUGUUGAGGUACUUUAUUGGAUGUCCUUCAUGUAAGAACUGUCUUUUUGCUGCAUCGAUCACUUUCAUCAAUCUCUUCAAUUUGUCAUGUUGUUAGCUUUUUGACCGAGUUGCCAUUUUCUUGGACUUGUCAUGUUGACAUGCUUUCUAGUUUUGCUUCUCUCCUUUGUCAAGUUUGUGCUGAGUUCAUCGCUAAAUAUCUUGACAUCCAUGUUACAUGGACUCGGCUACAGGUGUGGUGAAGACAGUGUACCUAGAUGCAAGACAAAUGUGGUACAAUUAAAGAUUCCAAUGAAAACCUUACAAUAUCUGAAUCACAUUCACAGCCCUCAUUUGCAUCUCAGUUUCUCCAUAAAUUACAGAGCAAGGCAGAUGCUGCACCUAACAAGAACUUGAGAGAUAUUAGUCUAAACAAGUGUGGAAGUUCAAGGGAAGUUGAAUGCCCAGUGCAUGAGAGAAGACAGCCAAUUAGGAUAUCAUCACAACCAGCUAGAAUGUCUUCCAGAGAUUCACCUUUCCUGUGUGCUAGCACCCUUGCCAGCAAAGAUGAACAAAGAUCUUCAAAUGGUGAUCUCAAGUCUUUGGAAUCUUUUAGCACUUCCCAUUUGGGGGAAAAGCUUUCCAACCUUUCUUCUAGAAAGAGGAGAGCUUCUGAUACUAGAGAUUCAUUGGAAUUGAAGUCAAAAAAGGUUCAGGAGGUAGUUCUCUUGGAUGAAGAAGUACAACCUGUACAGCCAAUGCAAAUAGAUGACCCUGAUAAAUGGAAGGAGGCAAAAAUCUAUUAUCCUUUGAGGGAUGAUCCUGAAUCUGUUGAGAUUUCUUAUGCAGACUUAAAAUGUCUUGAACCUGAAUCAUAUUUAUCAUCACCCAUAAUGAACUUUUACAUUCAGUACCUCCAAAGGCCAGUUUCCCCGAUGGGUAGACCAAGAGGGGAAUACUAUUUUUUCAACACAUACUUUUAUAGGAAACUUGAGGAAGCUCUGUCAUGCAAGGGUGAUAGGAAUUCAUGUUUCUUGAAAUUGAGGAGGUGGUGGAAAGGCGUAAAUAUAUUUCAAAAGGCGUAUAUUUUCUUGCCAAUACAUGGAGAUUGGCACUGGAGCUUGGUGAUUAUUUCUAUACCAGCAAAAGAAGAUGAAUCUGGUCCCAUUAUACUUCAUUUGGACUCGUUGGGGAUUCACAGUAGUAAUUCAGUUUUUGAUGUUGUUGGAAGAUAUUUAAAAGAGGAAUGGAACUACAUAAAUCAAAAUGCUUAUCCUCCAGAUGUUCCAAUUUCAGAAAGGAUAUGGAAAUAUCUUCCCCGAAGGAUUGAGAAGAAAAAAAUUAAUGUUCCUCAGCAGAAAAAUGAGUACGAUUGUGGCCUAUUUGUACUUUACUUCAUGGAGCGAUUUAUUGAAGAGGCUCCUGAAAGACUUAGAAAGAAAGAUCUAGCCAUGUUUGGUAGAAAGUGGUUUCAACCUGAAGAUGCUUCUGGCUUGAGAAAGCGUAUACGGGAUCUGCUUCUUGAAGUAUUUGAGAGCGCUAAGAUGGAGAAUGGCAGAAUCGAGCCAGCAACAUCCUCUGGUAGUUCCCCUGAACUGUGAAGAUGACUGCCAGCAAUGCUUUGAACCUUUGGUUCUGCUUUGGAUGCCCAAUUACUGGAUCCCGGGAUAAUUCCCAGGGUAGGGAUAUGGGGCAGGGCUUAUGUACAGGAAUGGGUGAGGCCUAUGGACUUAACAAUCCAAAGAUUCUAGGACCAUGAACUCUCCCUUCCGCUGAUGUCUUCUCACUGGGCUCCCCCUUGUUGGAAGAAAACAGUGGGCGUGGCAAUAUUGCUCUUGGAGAAUGUGGAUCAUACAGUUGAGCAACAGUUGCUGCAUGAGUCCAUUGUGGUCGGACAAAUUAGCCGCUUGGCAUAAGCGUAACCACCCAUGUAUAUGGAGCUGGGUCAAAGCUUAUAGAGGAAAUGAUGUGAACAUGUUUGAUAAAAGCUGCAAAACUAAUUCUCUUUGGUGUCUCUGCUCAUGAUUGUGUUGUAAUAGAAUUGAGCGAAGCUGCAGCAUAAAUAUGAUUGACAGCCAUCGCUGAGCCGGUUGAGUAACUUGAUUGCACCUUUUUUCUCCUUUGCUAGAUUUGGUUGGGAUGGCUUUUUGGCUUCCAUCCUCACGAGAUAUAGUUUGUAAAGUGAAAAUCCUGAUAGGAAUAUGUACAGUCAGUGUAUAUGGGAUGUUUAAAACUAAUGAAGCUUUAUAGCUGCUCAUAAAACCAUUCCAUUGAUCU